UCCAACUUCCCCACUACCUCUCCACUACAGACUCACCUCUUCCUCCCAAAAUUAUGUCUUCCUCCACCGACCCCGACUGCAGCGAGCAGCCACCCCUAAUACCGUCGAUCCCAGACGACGUCGCUCUGAACUGCCUUGCUCGAGUCCCUUGGUCCCACCACCCAACCCUAUCCCUCGUCUCCAAAUCAAUCCGGUCCCUCCUCUAUUCCCCUCUCUUCUUUACCGCACGCUCUCUCCUACAGUCCACUGAACCCCUCCUCUACCUCUCUAUCCGAUCUCCUCUCUCUCCUUCCCUCUGGUUCUCUCUCGGCCGCACAAAUGACCAAGAUUACCCUCGCUCCCUUGUCCCGGUCCCAACUGCCCCCUUCUCUUCCGUGGGAUCCUCUUAUGCCGCCCUGGGCUCCACUAUCUACGUCCUCGGUGGCUCCACCAACGAUGUUCCUACCUCUCGCGUCUGGGCCCUCGACUGCCGCUUCAAUAAGUGGCUGCCAGCCCCCAGCAUGCGCGUCGGGCGCGAGUUCUCUGCAGCGGGAGUCGUGGACGGCAGAAUCUACGUCAUGGGUGGGUGCGUGGUAGACACGUGGGCCCGUUCGACUCAUUGGGCCGAGGCGUUCGACCCUAGGACCGGGAAGUGGGAAGCGGUGCCGAGCCCGAUAGAGAUCCGGGACAAGUGGAUGCACGCUAGCGCGGUAGUGGACGGGAAGAUCUACGCGAUGGCGGACCGUGGCGGGAUCGUUUACGACCCGAGAAAUGGGAAGUGGGAAAGCGUGGAGAGCGAGCUGGACUCGGGGUGGAGAGGGAGGGCUUGCGUUGUGGAUGGGGUUUUGUACUGCUACGACUUCUCGGGGAAGAUUUGGGGGUUCGAUGGGAAGAAAAAGGAGUGGAGGGAGCUGAGGGGAGUGGAGAAUGGGCUUCCCAGGUUUCUGUGCGGCGCGACGAUGGCCAAUAUGGGUGGGAAUCUGGUGGUGGUGUGGGAAGAGGAGGGAAGGGGGAGCAGGAAAGAGACGGAGAUUUGGUGUGCGGAGAUUGGGGUGGAGAAGAGGCAGGAUGGUCGAGAGCUGUGGGGGAAGAUUGGGUGGGUGGAGAAGGUUCGGUCCGUUCCCAGUAGGUCGUCCAUCGUGCACUGUGUGGCUGUUUCCGUGUAAUAUAUUGGAGCAUAUAAAGAGAUAGCUAGUGUAUAAUCUUAGAAUUACAUUAAAUUCUUAUUGAUUGCAAGAGCACGAGUAUUGAUCAAAUUCAAAACUAUAACAGUUUUGAAAAGGGAAUGAUACCUAGUUCCGUGGUAGAUUUGGGGCAUGACAACCCCUAGGGGUUGACUCAAGUGGUAAAGGCGUCUUGGUGGUAUGCUCCCUUCAUGUUUAAGGUUCAAUUCACUUGAAUCUUCUUGGGUGCAAACAAUUCAUAGGGGCCAUCAGAUUGGAGGAUUUUUCUCUUGAAUUACCCAAGAUGCACUUGCGGGAAAGGGCCUGUGCACCCACGAGAUUACUCGGGACGCUGUUUGUGUGGUGCUCUGUUCUUUUAUUCUACCAUAUGACUUAAUGGUGUAAUGGGUCAAGCAACAACCUUAUAAAGACAGCCCGGCAUGCCUCCUAGAUGGUAGAGUAUCUUCUGUCUAUGAAAUAUUUGGGCAACUUUUAAGGCUCAAGCUAUUUGGGACGGAGUUGUGAAGAAAGUAGAGAAAGGCUUGUGGGUUGGAAAAUGUUGUAUUUAUCAAAAUGAGGGCAACUCACUUUAAUCAAGGGUACUUUAACUAACAUUCCCACCUAUUUUCUAUCUCUUUUUCUGUUGCCUGCAGAGGUGAUGUGGAGGAUUGAAAAAUUAUUUCGGGCUUUUUUGUGGGGGGGAAUGGGAAGGAAAUGAAAUUUCACCUUGUUAAUUGGAGCAAAGUUUGUUCCCCAAUUUUGUAUGGAGGCUUGGGAGUUUGUAAUUUGAGGACUUUCAAUAAAGCUUUGUUGGGAACAUGGUUAUGGAGGUACCAUUUAGAGGGGGACUCGCUAUGGAAGGAGAUUAUUAACUCUAGACAUGGGCCUGCUUGGGGGGGCUGGUGUUCCAAUGAUGUGAGGGGGGGUAUGGUGUGAGCUUAUGGAAAUAUAUUUGGAGGGGAUGACAAAGUCUCGAGAAUCAAAUCCGGUUUGUGGUUGGAGAGGGGUCCAGAGUCAAGUUUUGGCACAAUGAUUGUGCUCUCUCCAUAGGGAAUUCACGGCAGUUUAUUGUAUUGCAGCUAAUGAGGCUUCUGUGGCAGAAAGUGGGUAUUUUCUCAUGGUUUUUACCAGGGGAAUGUCAUUUUUAAUAGGGAUAUCCAAGAUUGGGAAUUGCACAACAUUUCAGAUUUUUUCAGGUUGCUAUACUCCAUGGGAAACAAUACGGCACAGGAGGAUAAGAUACAAUGGAGGGCCAAUGGUAGCAAAAACUGUACAGGCCAGGUUUACUAUAAGAUCUUGACAGCACAAGGCCAUGUUUCAUUCCCGUGGAAGAGGAUUUGGAGGUCUCGUGUGCCUAUAAGGUAGCUUUCUUCAUGUGGACUGCUGCCCUUGGGAAGAUUUGACCAUGGAAAAUUUGAGGAAGAGGGGACUUAUUGUAAUGGAUUGGUGCUAUUUGUGUAAAAGGCAUGGAGAAUCUGUGGACCACUUAUUAUUGCACUCUGAGGUGACAAGGGGGCCGUGGAAUGAGAUCUUUAGAAGAGUUGAUGUCACUUGGGUAAAGCCACUGAGGGUAGUGGAUUUAUUGGCAUGGGAAAUUCAAGGCUGUUCUCAAGUGGCGGUAGUGUGGAAGAUGAUCUUGUUGUGUAUCAUGUGGUGUACGUGGGUGGAAAGAAAUGAGCGGUGCUUUGAAGAUAGGGAGCGCACAAUGGCGGGGCUUCAGAAUUUUUUUAUGCACACUUUAAUGCUUUGGUUCUCAGCCAUCAAACUUGAUGGAAACAAUGCUCAUGACUUUUUGUCCCUAAUCUAGAAUGUAUUUAGGUCUUCUUUUGUGUAUGUCCUGUGUGCAUGGGCUAUGCCUAUUUUAUUCAUGUCAAUAAAAUUUAUUUCCUACUUAUCAAAAAUAAAAAAAAACAACCUUAUAAAGGGUAGGGACUAGAUCCAUUAGUAUAUAAUAUGACAGAUGCAACUGUACCCGUUCAGAGCUGCCCCCCCUCCCCUCUCUUAUGAGGAUGUAUUGCAUUAAUAACUGAUUCCUAGAUUUCUUAUCUUA